GCUUUCAAUCUAAUCUUUACAAAAUGGCGACUGUUGUUGUUUUGCUGCAGGGUCAGUGAAUUAAAUCCGCUUUCCGUUUCAUUAAUUUUCUGUACUAAUUUGCAGAAACGGCACUCGAAACAUCAGGCGCUUAGUCUUGACUGAAAUGAAAGGUAAAGAGCGGUCGCCGAUUAAAAAGCGCUCCCGGGCCUUGGACGAUAUUCGAGACAGGGGAGGAUGCCACCCGACCAGCAAGAAAAUGGGGGCUCUCUCCGUCUCCAGUGGGAGUAAUAACGGAAAUAGCUCGACCAAAAGUGACGGUGGCUCGACGAGAAGGAGUCUACUUGGUGAGAAAAGAGAGAGGGAUUUCGACAGCCAUAGUCGGACUGGAAAUAAUCAUAGUUGUCAGUCUGCUGCCGCUAGCUCCGUGGGUAAAAACCACAACCUGAGCCUGACGCUGGAUUUAGCCCCGCAGCGUAACACUUCACGGGGGGAGCCGCGAGUCCAGCCGCCCAGCACCGAGAGUGAGUACAAAACCCUCAAAAUAAGCGACCUCGGCACCCAGCUGAGCGAUGAAGACAUUGAAGACGGACUCUUUCACGAGUUUAAAAAAUUUGGAGAUGUGAGUGUCAAGAUUAGCCGUAGCAACGACGAGCGGAUAGCGUUUGUGAAUUUCAGGAAGCCGGAAGACGCCCGGGCUGCGAAGCACGCCAGGGGGCGGCUGGUGCUGUACGACCGGCCGUUGAAAAUCGAGGCAGUGUACAUUAACAGGAGAAGAAGCCGCUCCCCCGUGGAGAGAGACUUGUACGGUGCAACCCAAAGCCAUAGACAUUUACAGAGACCCCUCUCUCCCACGGGGCUCGGAUACAGAGACUACCGGCUGCAGCAGCUGGCCCUGGGACGGCUGCCCCCACCCCCACCGCCCCCCCUGCCCAGAGAGUUGGAGCGGGACAGGGAGUUUGCUCUGUUUGAAGCCAGGGCACGUCCAGCCUUCAUUGCAGAGCGAGCAGCUUUUCGUGAGGAGGAUUUUAUAGCUCCAGAAGAUGACCAAAGAGCCAACAGGACGUUGUUUUUAGGCAACCUGGACAUAACUGUCACUGAGGCCGACCUGAGGAGAGCCUUUGACAGGUUUGGAGUAAUUACUGAGGUGGACAUUAAAAGGCCUACACGAGGACAGACCAGCACAUAUGGAUUUCUGAAAUUUGAAAAUCUUGACAUGGCUCACCGAGCAAAGCUAAGCAUGUCUGGCAAAAUAGUGGGCCGCAAUCCCAUAAAGAUAGGCUAUGGGAAAGCAACUCCCACCACACGUUUGUGGGUGGGUGGACUUGGACCGUGGGUUCCGCUGGCUGCCCUGGCAAGAGAGUUUGAUCGCUUUGGCACUAUCAGGACAAUUGACUACAGAAAGGGGGACACUUGGGCCUACAUUCAGUAUGAAAGUUUGGAUGCUGCUCAGGCAGCAUGCACACACAUGAGGGGCUUCCCGCUCGGAGGUCCAGAAAGAAGACUGAGAGUGGACUUUGCUGACACUGAGCAUCGCUACCAGCAGCAGUUCCUGCAGCCUCUUCCAAUACCACCUUUUGACAUGGUGGCCGAGUCAUUUGUCCACCGUGCUGCACCUGAACCACUCAGGGUCAGGGAACGGACUCCACCGCCACUUCACUUUAGGGAAAGAGAACUAUUUCCUGGAACUGAGUGGCCCACCCCGGCUAUUCGUGAACGAGUACGAGCCUCACCUUUUGAGCCUCUUGAGCACUUGGAACGUGAACGGCGGGCACGGGAGCCCUGGUCUCUGGAACGAGAGCUUCAGGGACGAGAACCUGUACGUAAGCGGCGUGUAAUGGAGGAUGGACGACAUAUUGAUCACUCCCCAGAGAGCAAUGAGAGGACAGUAAGGCGCAGACGCGUUUCUCCAGAUGGUAGUCCUGGAGGAAGCAGCAGAGAUGGAGGCCGCUUCAGUGACUCAGAGCGUGCUGUGCGGGGCGAGAGACCCUCCCCUGCACGAGAACGCCAUAGCAGCCUAGAAAGGAGUGGAGCAGAACGGAGACUUAAAACCCAGAGUCUCUCUGACAAGGCUUCUUCAAGCAGCAUUGUUUCAGCAGUUGGAGAGCGCAAACGCAAAGCAGGUGAUGGCAGUAAAGGGCCAGUCAAGAGAGAACGUUCUGAGAGCAGUUCUAAGGGGGGCCAGCUGUCCAAGCCGGACGGCACCAGACUCAGUUUGGCCUGGCAUGGUAUGCUGUUAUUAAAGAACAGCAACUUUCCAGCCAACAUGCACCUGCUGGAGGGUGACUACAAUGUAGCCAGUGAUCUGCUCGUUGACGGCACAACAGGGAGGCAGGUGAGCGAGUUGAAGAUAACUCAGCGUCUCCGUCUGGACCAGCCCAAGCUCGACGAGGUGUCCCGACGCAUCAAAGUGGCAGGUCCCGAUGGCUACGCCAUUCUACUGGCAGUUCCUGGGACCACAGAGGAUACAUCUUCAUCUGACCCUGCAUCCUCAACUCAGCGCCCGCUUCGGAACCUGGUGUCCUACCUCAACCAAAAACAAGCAGCAGGAGUCAUCAGCCUGCCCGUGGGAGCGAACAGGGAUAAAGACAACACAGGGGUUCUUCAUGCUUUCCCUCCCUGUGAUUUCUCCCAGCAGUUCCUGGAUUCCUCUGCCAAAGCUCUGGCUAAAAGUGAAGAGGACUAUCUGGUCAUGAUUGUGGUUCGUGGAGCAGCUUAAAAAUCUGAACACACUAAGUUCACAUCAUGUUAAAAAAAAAAAAAAAAAUCUGCUGUAUGUCAGUUACUAUUGCAUGCUGUGUGUUCUGCAUUAUAGGGUGCACUAGUAUGGUUCUUGAGUGUUUGUAUGUUGCCAUGUAAUCCACUAAAAGGACAAACAGUGCCCUUCUACAAAACUCAAAGGUUGUGUGGUUUUGAAAUUAUUUUUAAAGGGUGUAAGAAUUGCUCAUAAAGUCACAAAUCUACUAUAGGUCAGUCUGUAAAUUCCAAUGUCAUAACAAGAGAUAAGAACUACAGAAAGAAAUUGUUAAUUUGCAAGUUAAAAUGUCAGCAUAAAUUACAGGAAAACAAUAAUACAAAGGUAGAUUCAGAGUAGACACAAUAACACCUCAAUGGCAAUAAAACCACAAACAAUUGCCAUAUGACAUUAUAUUGGCAAAAGCUUAAAAAGAAAAAAAAAAUCCCUGGCAAGUAUAUUAUUGCCUUUAUAUCAGUGUUGUUGUGUCUACCUCCAAAACAAACACUCACAUGAGGAAUCAGAUGACAUGAUUUAUAAAGCUUGAAAUUACAAUGCACUAAUAAUCCUUACAGUUUCAAGAGGGUUCUUGCAACCUUGUUGCUCGAACCCUAAUAAUUCUACCAUCAUAUUGUGACUUGUGGGUGCAUAGGUUAACAGCAGUUUUUAAUUUUUUAAUUUCAUUAAAAGGUGCAGAUCUGGUACUGCAGAUGCAAAGCUAAUCUCUACAGAAACGGUCCGUUUAACAUUUUGAUGGUUGAUGCACAACUCCUCCAAUGCACCACGCCCCACUGGCCAAAGGGUUUGACUAUUUUGCCUUCUUUAGGUAACCACCCUAAUGGCAGCAAGAUAGCUUUAAGUAUUCCGUAAAUGGAGGGAGGUGUGCACAAGAAGGGUUGUGCACUGUAUUCUCAUUUUGAUGAGCUUGCAUUAAAGCUGAGCUGGUCCCUAUGAUAUCAAAGUUUCUCAUAGCUUACUUGAUUAGAAGUGUUUGGAUAGAGCUUAUACAUUUUAGUUACCUUCAUUGUUAUUUCUUUUACAAGACAAGACAUGUUGAGGUUCAUGAUUUAGAAUUGAGUGUUUUCAUUAUGUUCCUCACUAUUUGAACACUAAAGUUCAAAACAGACAAUGCACUCGGUGUGUGUCCAGAGACACUGUUAAGUCAAAUUGUCACCUCAACUCUUUGGAAUGCUGAAUGUUAACAGAAGUGAGUUUUGCCCAAGGAACAGCCCAUAAUACAAUACUCAUAGAUGGCACAGUAAACAAAUACUAACAUGUUAUAUUUUUUAAUUAACAUAUUAUUAAGCGCUUCCCUACCUUAGAGAGGAUUGUGUAAUGUGAUUUGGGGGGAAAACAACAGUAGUAAUGGAUAAUGGAUCAAAAGUUUAGAGAACUUUGUGUUGAUAUUUGACAUUUUGUUACACUUUUGCUUUGAAACCAUUUGGUUCUUCAUUAAUAAUAAUGAUAAUAAUAUUCAGUCAAAUUCAAAUUUUGGUACAAAAAAGUAAGAAAAACCUACCAGUUGCUCAGUAAAUAGGUAUGUGUGAUUUUUAAGUUUUAACAGUACCUUUACAGUUUAUGUUGGAGUUUACAUUUUAACGGUCGAAUCUGACAAAAUUUUACUCAUGACUGUCGACAUGCUCCACAAGCCUAUUUACAAUCUUUUCUUUUUUGUAUGAUUGUCAUGCAGUAGUAAUCCACCCUAGGCUAUUCUUUACUGAGUGUGGUUUCAUAUGUAUUGGAAACAUUCAUGUUUGAAAGUUGUUAUGUGUCAACAUCACACCCACUGCAACACUGGACUCCCGAGGAGACGCGUGCAGAGCUGACAACCUCUGCAGUGAAGGCAACAUUGUGUUUGUGAGUCCUCACUGCUGAGGACGCUUUUAAGUUGUGUAGCCCAUCUGCACCUGUGAUGACUUCUGUUUAAAAAUGGAAAAUUGAGCUCUGUACACUUUGAUGUCAUUGGAAAGGAAAAUCCUUAAAGCCCACGCGAAGCUGUUCACGUACCUGAAAGUGCGGUUUGGCACUUAAUGUGACCGAUUAUUAAUAAAUUGUUCAUUUGAA